GUGCAAACUUGGUGUUUUUAAAUAAUAGACUUUUAUAAACGUAAAUACGGAAUUUAUAGUGUACAAUGUUUUGCUAUCUCCAAUACAUAUCUUACACGGACUUUUGUCAAUUUCGUAAAAAUUAUAAAGUUGAUGAAGAUACUGUGUCUGCAGUUGUUGAAAACAAACGACUUCUAUUUAAUCCUGACUGUUUCGUUGGGAUUAUUCUAGACUAUAUUCUUGAAAUUGUUGGCAUACCAAGAGAGCAAAAAGAAAACAUCGACAUGCUUGACGAAAAAAUGAAGUUUUUAAACAUUCAUUUAUACAGCCCAAACUAUGAAGGUAUAGAACUAUUUAACAAUAAAAUGGAGUACUAUUUAGUCUAUAAAGAAAAUCACCACAUAAUACCUUUCUUAGCACCUGGAACUACUAAAAAUCAGGAAUUUUUCACCAUGAUGAGAAGAAGAUCUAGGAAAUCUUCUACUUUGAGUGCUGCAAGCAAAAACUCAAGAAAAACUAAUGAGAUAUCGCACAAAAGUCACAAAACCGCAUCAGUUAUUCCUUUGAGAUCCAGUAGCAGAAGUCUAGACAAAAAACUUGAAAAUAAUAAGGUUUGAUAGUAAGCCGUUCAAAUUUUUUUGUUUAUUAUUAACGAAUAUUAUAUUAUUGUAAUAUAUACAAUAAUCUUGA